CUAUAAAUGAAUCUUAACACCUCAAAUUAUUAAUAUUGAGUUUGGUUGAAAAAUACCCAGAUUCAUACUAAAUAUAGAACACAUGCAUUAAGUUAAUUAAUUUAAUGAUAAUGAAAAUAAGGAUAAAUAUGGCAUGCGUUGUACUUCAAAGGGAGUUUUGCACUUUGUAGUCUCUAGUCACGAUUUGUUGGAGAGGAGAAGAGAUGGUUUGGUCAAUUAGGUCCAGAAUAAGUUCACUUCUCUGUUCAAAGGCACCUUUAGUGGGUUCAUACGUCUAUGACUCAUGUUGGUGCUUAUGCUUUUCUGCUCCAACCAGCUCCUCCAUAGCAAGGCCUUGGCCAAACUUUAUGGAUUGGGUACAAAUGGACCGUUGCCGUGCAGCAGCAUCGUUGCCUUUGAUCAAAGAGCAGAAUGGACCAUCAGAAAGUAAUGCUGCUCUUGAGUUUGCAGUAACUACUCUUCAGGUUGAGAAUAUAUUAGUCAUUGGUCAUAGUAGCUGCGCUGGAAUUGAAGCUUUGAUGAAUAUGCAAGAAGAUGUAGAAUCAGGGUUCAUUCAUCCUCUAGAAACUUCACACACAAGUGGGUUGCCAAUGGAAAACUUGCCAAACAAAGGACAAAAGCUGCCACAGCUCAUCUUAGCUUUGAUCAGCAAUGCAAAUUCUGUGAGAAGUUAUCCUUGGAUAGAAGAUAGAGUAAGAAGAGAGUUGCUUUCUCUACAUGGAGGGCAUUAUAAUUUUUCCAAUUGCUCGUUUGAGAAAUGGACCCUUGAUUUUAAAGAAUGCAAUGUUAAAGAAGAAGAAGAAGAAGAAAGCAGUUAUGUUGUCAAAGAACAAGAAUUCUGGUGCUGAAUCCUGCUAUACCAAGAAGUUUGAAACAUAACUUUCAUGCUGAAUCCUACAACUAGAUAAAUCUUAUGUUCAUGUUAGUAUUGGCCUGAAAAUAUAUUAAAGAAAUUAAAUGAUUGAUUCUAAAUGCCGUGUUAGCUUUGUCAUGAUUGUAACAUUUAAGGAAGCUCCUGUAUAAAUUAUGGUUUUCGGAAGCAACACAAAUCAGAAGAACAAAAAUUCCCCUC